AUGAUGUUCGAUCGAGGGAUCGAAUCGUAAUAAUAUUGACGCUAUUAUUUAUUGAAAAUACCACAAAUAAUAUUUAUUGAAACUCAGUGAACUGUGAAUUACAAAGAGAAGCUUUGGCUAAAGCUGCGGCGCGAUUCCUAUGCCGAUAACUAACAGUGCCUUACCGACAGGCACACUCAUCGCCCUAGUUCAUGCGCCACCGUUGUGUACCCAUACGUGUUCCGCAUGUGCCCACAGAGGUCGCCACAGGCGAAGACGCGAAGUACAUGUGUGGUCAGUUCUCUCUAGUGUGAGUUGCAUGUUGUGAAGUGGAAUGUAAACAGCGUGUGAAACAUGUGGAAUUAUUUGUUUAUAUUUUGUGCCCCAUAAUCGGUUAAUUUGUGAAGUGUAAUAAUAGUGUGAAUCAUGGAAGAACUCUCAGUGAAAAGGAACAAACACCACAAGAACCAGUCGUCCAGGGAGCAGCUAGAACUGCUGGAUAAGAAGGAUUUGAUUGAUAGGAUACUGCAGUUAGAAGCGCACACGUUCCAAUUGAAGAAUAUCAUAAAGAAAUCUGACAGUACGAAUGGACAAUCUGUCUGUAAAAAAUCUGGAAAGCCUUUCGAUUUUACACAAUGCGACAAGAGACACAUUCUGCUGAAAUUUUACUAUCUCGGAUGGAAUUAUCACGGUUUCGUGGAACAGGAAGAUACAAUCAAUACGAUAGAGUAUCACAUAUUUGAGGCUUUGAAAAAGUCAUGUUUGAUUGAGAAUCGCGAGAGUUCUAAUUAUCACAGGUGUGGGAGAACAGAUAAGGGCGUCAGUGCAUUCUCUCAAGUGAUAUCUCUAGACGUACGCAGUAAAUUAGCUCCAGAGCAUCAAAAAAAUCUGGAUGGAGAGCUUUCUUACUGCAAGAUGUUGAAUAGAAUUCUUCCUAGGGAUAUCCGAUGCGUAACGUGGGCUCCAAUUGGCGAUGACUAUUCCGCUCGUUUCGAUUGCAAGAGAAGGAGCUACAAGUAUUUUUUCCCCAGGGGGAACCUCGAUAUUGAUGCUAUGAAUAAAGCGGCUAGUUAUCUAGUUGGACAUCAUGAUUUCAGGAAUAUUUGUAAGAUGGACGUCGCGAAUGGUGUUGUUACAUUUGCUAGGACUGUUCUCGAUGCACGAAUUAUCUGCCAUGAUGAUGGAAAAUCUGAGAGAUCAGGCUACAAUAUGUAUCAUUUUUAUAUAAAAAGCCAGGCUUUUCUCUGGCAUCAGAUCAGGUGCAUUAUGGGAAUAUUAUUGCUUGUGGGACAAGGCAAGGAGAAGCCUGAAAUAUUUUUAGAUCUUUUUGACAUUGAUGCCUGCCCUCGUAAACCUCAGUACAGUCUGGCUCACGAGAUUCCACUGAACUUAUUUCACUGUGACUACGACGAUGUAGUGUGGUAUUACGACGAUGAAGAGUUGGUUUUAGUUAUUAAAGCUUUGCAAGAGGAUUGGACGUUCAAUUCCGUGAAAGCUGACAUGAUUAGGAGUAUGCUUCAAGAUCUCGAGUGCCAUGUAAAAAGUCAGGAGAAUAUGAAUUUUCAGAGCGAGGGUCUCAUUCAAGGGGUGCAAUCUAAAAUUUAUCAGCCACUCAUGAAAAGAGUGACUUGUGAGAGUCUGGAGAAUCGUAUUAAACAUUUCGAGAAGAAGAGAAAAAUUGCUGUGGCAAACGUAGAGCAAACUUAAUAUGCUCUAAUGUUUUGCGUGUGGUCAAUAAAUUGUCCGGAACUAAAACAGAAUUUAUAUAUUUUUUUUUAUAUUUGUUUUGUAAAAAUUAAGAAAAUACUGUUAUCUCUUGUUACGAUUUUAUUAACAAUUGGUAAAUCUAUAAUUCUCUCUCGAGCAUAAUCACAUAUCAGACCAAAUUGAGUCUGACUCGUCAAUAAUUUUAAAAAUUACAAUUUCGAAUAUCAUCCUGUUUGCUGAUAUUUUUUUCACUUUCCAAUAAUUUUUGAAUUUAUGGUAACGGUAGAGCUACGUUAGUCCGAAUUCAAAGUCAAAACUUUGAAAAGAGUUUAUUAGUUUUUUAUUGAAAUUCUGAAGACUUAACGUAACUAUGGCUUCGGCGACCAGUGGUCCCACGUUGUGAUUAUCCGAUAAAGCAUCUCUCCAGGA